AAUUAUUGAAAAUAAGAACAGAACUCUAUGGCUGGUAUUCAUAGUUGAAUUUUAUUUCAAGAUCGUCUCAAGCAAUAUCUUUUCGAAGUUCCGUCUUAGCAGUUGCUACACGGCGUUCUACGAAAAUCUGAAGCAUCAUCAUGCCCCCAAAAGCGAGUGGCAAAGCUGUGAAAAAGGCCGGUAAGGCCCAGAAGAAUAUCAGCAAGACCGACAAGAAGAAGAAGAGGAAGAGGAAGGAGAGCUAUGCUAUCUACAUCUACAAAGUAUUGAAGCAAGUUCACCCGGACACCGGUAUCUUCAGCAAGGCUAUGAGCAUUAUGAAUAGCUUCGUGAACGAUGUCUUCGAGCGCAUCGCCGCCGAGGCGUCGCGUUUGGCUCACUACAACAAACGCUCAACGAUCACCUCUCGGGAGAUCCAGACUGCCGUCAGACUUUUGCUACCUGGAGAACUUGCGAAGCACGCCGUGAGUGAAGGCACCAAGGCUGUCACCAAGUACACCAGCUCCAAGUGAAUUUCUCUUCCUCUGAA